AUGCAAACAUGGGUUUCGCAUGUUAUCUCGCCUUUUCAUACCCUCUCAUUGAAUCAAACUUGCCACGUCAAGAAUACAGCCAUCGGAGAGAGCGAUCCUAUUAAGCACGACGAUUCUGCAAAAAUGUCCAACAAUAUCAUCGGUCGUCAAGGGGAUUGGGAAGCCACGCUGGAAGAUGCCCAGGCCGCCAAUGCUCAUCAGCAUUCGCUCGGCAUCUUGGCUGCACUCAAGGCAUACCCUCUGGCGGUUGCCUGGUCCCUGGUGAUCUCGAUGUCCAUUAUCAUGGAGGGCUAUGACACAGCCUUGAUUGGCUCACUGUAUGCCUAUCCAGGCUAUGCUCGCCGGUUUGGGGCGUUAGACUCUUUGACGGACACAUACCAGAUUCCUGCUAAGUGGCAGAGCGCCAUGGGUAGCGGGCCGCAGGCUGGGGCUAUUAUUGGUGCCCUCCUUAAUGGCUAUCUUGUUCAACGCCUUGGCUAUCGACCGGCCUUUGCUUCAGGCGUUGGGUUGAUGGCGGCGUUGGUCUUCGUGUCCUUUUUCGGUAUGACUGUCGAGUUACAAGCCGUUGGGCAAGUUCUUUGCGGCGUCCCAUGGGGUAUUUUCGCCACCAUUGGCCCUGCCUACGCCUCGGAGGUAUGCCCUUUGCCAUUGUGGGCCUACCUUACGGCGUAUACGAACAUGUGUUUUGCGACUGGUCAACUCAUUGGCGCAGGAGUUUUGCAGAGCUUCAUCAAUCGCCGCGAUGACUGGGCAUGGCGCAUUCCGUUCGCCAUUCAAUGGAUAUGGAUUCCUUUUCUCUUCAUUGCAUGCAUAUGUAUGCCCGAGUCUCCUUGGUAUUUAGUCCGCCAGGGAAGGUUUGUAGACGCAGAGAAAACUGUAAAAUCUCUCAUGAUUGAAAGUGAGAGGGUGCAAGCACGACCACUAGUAGCAUUGAUGGUGCAUACCAAUGGCCUUGAGCAAGAUAUUACAGCGGGCACAUCCUAUUUGGACUGUUACAAGGGCACUGACCUCCGACGAACCGAGAUUGCAUGCAUUUCAUUCGUCGGUCAGAUCACUUGCGGCGCCCCAUUUGCUUACUCUGCUACCUACUUCUUCCAACAGGCUGGCCUUGGUUCCAAUGACUCGUACAAACUAAACCUAGGUGGCACUGGUAUUGCCUUGUGUGGUACAAUUGCUUCUUGGGUUUUAAUGAAACAAUUGAAUCGGCGCACCCUUUACAUAACCGGAAUGAGCCUGGUGAGCUUGUGGCUUUUGAUCAUUGGCUGUCUCUCCAUCGACAAAAAACACCCAAACAUCAAAUGGGUUCAGUCGUGCCUUUGCAUCAUUUGGUUGCUCACGUUCUCUCUUACCAUUGGGCCAGUCGGCUGGACUAUCCAAGCGGAAGUUUCAUCUACCCGGUUGAGGUCCAAGACCAUUGUGCUAGCCCGAAGUUCUUAUUACCUAGCACAAAUUGCCGCAAAUGUCAUACAACCGUACAUGAUGAACCCUCUUGCCUGGAACUGGAAAGGCAAGAUGGGAUUUUUUUGGUUUACCUUGUCUUCUCUCACAGCAAUUUGGGCGUUCUUCCGUCUCCCUGAGACCAAAGGGCGAAACUAUCACGAGCUUGAUGUGAUGUUUCAUGCCAAACUUAAAACCAGAAACUUCAAGAAGUACACUAUCAAUGUCUACGGCAAUUACGGUGAUCGAAUACGGGAAGUGUGA